AUGUCUAGGUGGCAUAGAGAUGUCUGCCUUAUCUGUUCUGUGUCACUAGACUGCGAAAAGCAAUUUUCGGACAUCCGUGCUAUACCUACGCAACAGGGUUACGGCAUACUUUUCCAGCCUCCAGAAUUCCGGACUAAACCAAGAAGGCUCCAAUGGCCAAACUUCCGCUCAACUUGUCAGGUGCACUUGGCUGGCACGCUUCCCAACGCUCUUCUGGUCCACUAUCACUGUAUUCUCAUCCUAUGCUGGGUACGCCGAAAUGCACCUAUACUAGCUCUGACAUCGACACUACCGCAGAUCUCUCAGCCUUGCUUUGAGCCUCCACCAUCACGGUUAGAGUUCGACAUAUACCGUAUGUUCGACCAUGUCAAAGAUCCUCUGGUCCAGCGUCUGAUGGAAGCCCCGGUCGAACUGUUCAAUGCGAUCACCGCCUACCUCCCACCCGACCAAGCUCUCGCUGUAGCUUCUAUACGCGAUGCUCUGGUACUCAGCCCAAGAAGGUUGAUAUCUCCAUACCGUUCAAGUGUAUCGGAGAUUAUCAAAUCGUACUCUUCUCGAAGACGUCUUGCACAUUUGUACGAGGUCGCAUCCUAUCUCCAAGGCCAAAAUGUUGAAGUCGGUUCUAGAGAUAGGGAGGUGGGCCUCAGCCCAGAAACCAACGCAGUCUUUGUUGCUGUUGGUGGGAGGCGCUACCUACAUGAUUUUUGCGACGGAGACCAUUUAGCAUCAAACGGACGAUCUGGUUUCAGCACAGUCUGGAUGGGGUUAAAGAAUCCAAACCAAGUCGCAUUGAUGGUUGAUGAAUUUGGGAUUGUCGACGUGGCGUUUGAAGAGGACAACGGCCAGUUGCAAUGGAUACUAGGAACAGAGCCUACUACUCGGAACAUCUUCUUAGAGAGAGCUCCGACAGGAAUACUAAGCAGCAUCAAAGUCACCUACGAUUCUAUAAAAUGCCGUUCUAUAAGACUACUCCCAUGCUCUGGCGCCCGACCCCGACCACUUCUUCUUCCUAACUCUGGACAAUGGAUUCCCUGGAGCUUCUAUCUUGGAACGUUAUUUACCUUUCCUCAUGACGAUUACUUUAUUCCUACUGUGACCGACAUUGUCACGCCAGGCAUUAUCUAUAUGUCCUAUCGACGCGAUGGCGUGAUUUCUGGCAUUCAUAACAAGCCAGAGGGAAACUGCACACAGAUACUUUUGGGCCCUCCGGCUGAGACAAGAAGUGUGAAGUUUCUCGUCCUUUGUCAUAGCAUAACAAAGUCACAGAUACCGUGUAUACAGUUCAUCCACAACAACAGAGCUAUUCCGCCACUUCCCACGGCUUUUAAUGUCCAGAACGAAGAGGUUCAUAGUGAAGUGAAGGCGAUCUGGUGGAGCAAUACGUGGAGAAGUGGCUUUUUGUUCAACGUAAUCAAAUAA